CUCUCAGAGUCGUCCAGACUUGAGGGAGGAAUGGCGGCCCCUCGGAGCUUCCUCAUCACCCUCUCCGGUGUGUUCCUGCUCUUGUGUUCCUCCCGCGGAUCUACGACCUCCGGCGGCAGCAGGAGAGCGACCCACGAGCGCUGCGGGUUCAAGGUGCAGUCUGCAGCAGAGGGGAGUCGCCCGCUGCCCGUCUCCUUCAGAGCGGACAACUGCUCGUUGAACUACCCUCUGGGGAAACACGUGAUCCACGAGGUCGCCGCCGUCUCCUUCAGCCACCUGGCCUGCGAGGAUCAGGCCGCCGUGGUCGUCCACUGGGCCGCCAGCCCGCUAGGAAUCGAACACAUUAAAGGCUUCCGGGUCUAUCUGGAGGACAAGAACCCAGAAGGGAAGCAGUGUCAGCAUCUCCUCCUCAAGGACCCUCGGCAGCUCAACUGCUCCUACAAGGACACGAAGCUGAGCAGCCAGCCGUUCGGCGGGUUGACCUUCGACACCGACUACAUGGUGCGCGUGGUUCCCUUCCCGACGCUGAUGAACGAGAGCUUCUUCCCUCCCUCCUUCCUCAGGACCAACUCAUGUGAAGUCCUCCUGGGAUCAGAAAACCUGGUCUGCAAACCAUUCUGGAAGCCGAAGGCCCUGAACGUGUCCCAGCUGGGCUCCAACCUCCACGUGGCGUUCGACCAGGCGCCGGCCUCCUUCGGCUUCGGCUCCUACUUCCUGUUCUUCAAGCUGCGGCAGGACGGACCCUUCAGACGGCAGCGCUGCAAACCGGAUGUGAACCAACACAGAACCACAUGUGUCCUGCAGGACGUCACUCCAGGGACCUACGCUAUCGAGCUGAGAGACGACGACAACACGACCAGGAGGGAAACUCAGUACCACGUGAGCCGGGUCCACUCCCAAUGGGCGGGGCCUAUCCGCGCCAUGGCCAUCACGGUGCCUCUGGUCCUCAUGUCGGCCUUCGCCACGCUCUUCACUGUCAUGUGUCGCAAGAAACAGCAAGAAAACAUCUACAGCCAGCUGGACGAGGAGAGCAGCGAGUCGUCCAAUCACAGCGCGGCGUUGAGCGCGGAGCGGCCGUGGCCCCGCCCCAAAGUCUUCAUCUGCUACUCCAACAGAGACUGCCCCAAACACGUCGCCGUCGUCCAGAGCUUCGCCUACUUCCUGCAGGACUUCUGCAGCUGUGAGGUGGUUCUGGACCUCUGGGAACAUCUGGAGAUGUGCAGAGAGGGUCAGAUGUCGUGGCUCAGCAGACAGCUGGACGAAGCCCACUUCAUCAUCACCGUGUGCUCCAAGGGACUACGCUUCUACAUCGAGAAGAAGAGCCACCGCGGGAAGACGCCGGUCGGCCGCCGCGGCAACGGCGGCAGCAGCUCUCCGAUUGGCGGAGCCGGCGGCGACCUGUUCAUUGUGGGCGUGGCCAUGAUCGCGGAGAAGCUGCGGCUGGCGAGGCAGAGCGAGGGGGGCGGAGCUCAGGAGCUGAGCCGCUACAUGACGGUGUAUUUUGACUUCUCCUCGGAGAACGACAUCCCCACCAUGUUGAGCCUGGCUCCCAGGUUCAAGUUGAUGGACCAGCUGCCGCAGCUCUUCAGCCGGCUCCACGCCGGCCCGUCGGGUUUGGCGGAGCGCGAGCCGCAGCCGCUCAACGUCUCCAGGAGGAACUACUUCCGGAGCCGCUCGGGCCGCUCGCUCUACGUCUCCAUCUGCAACAUGCACCAGCACGUCAGCCAGAACCCCGACUGGUUCGAGAAGCAGCUCUCUCCUCCUCCUGCGGGGGGCGCUGCCUCCUCCUCCGCCUCCUCCUCGAAGAGUCCUCCGUCCCCUGCCGCCGCCCCGGCUCCGAGUCCUCCUCCGAAGCCCGCCUGCCCGCCCUCCUCCGGCGUGGUGCUGAACGAGGUGGAGGUGAACACGCCGCCGCCCCCGGAGGGAGGGGAGGGGGCGCCGAGGAGGAACGUGCUCCUGCUGGCCCCCGGGUCCGGUCCCGGUCCGGAUCCCUGUCCCAGUCCGGGUCUGCCACAGGGCUCCCUGAGGUCCACGUCUGGAUUAUCUGGUCUGCUGCUUGAGGAGCCUUGCGCCUCCCCUUCCUCCUCCUCCUCCGCUCCCUCCAUCCUGCGGGAGGGGUCGUGUCCUCUCCUCACGCAGGCCGAAGAAGAGGAAGGCCACCGUUCCCCUCCGGAGGUCCCGCCUCCUCGCGAUUCGGGCAUCUACGAUUCGUCCGUCCCGUCCUCGGAGCUCUCCAUUCCCCUGAUGGACGGGCUGUCACAUGACCGGGCUGACUCCGCCUCCCUGGCCGACAGCGAAUCGACUUCUUCGGGGCUCGGUGACGAGGAGCCGCCCGCCGUCACGUCGCUCCUCUGCAAAGCGGAGCUGCACCACCACCACCACCUGGACCACGGCGACGGACUCGCACCUGUGGCGUCGUUGUAGUGGCUCCGCCCCCCCCGCCGAUCCCCCAGCCAAUCGGAAGAGGAGCAGCACGGUGAUGUCAUCAUAAGAUCUCCAAAGAACUCUGAACGUACUUUGUUCGCUGUGCCGGGAGGAUUUAUAUAUUUUUUUAAGGACUGGAGUGGACCGGUUCAAACUAAAGAUUUAUUGAUUGAUUGAUUGACAUCUGACUCGUGGACGUUCGGGCACCUUUUUUGAUGCAGAAAAGCAGGAACGCACGACGUCAAAGCGGGAUGAACGCAGCUCCUGAAGGCGACUGAAUGCAUCAGAAUAUAUAUAUAUUUUUUUUUAUUCUCAACAUUUAUGACCAAAACCAUAUGCCCUAAAUACUUGGGGGGGGGGGGCAUAUUUAUGAAUGAAUGCCUUUUUAUUCUAGGAGGAGCAUCUUCGUCUCUCAAAACAGAAACAUUUUAUAUCGAUAUACAUUGGAUUAUAACGAGCACGUUUUUCCUCCAUCCUUAUUUAAAAUGUCUCCUAUAAUAAUAAACUGUACAAUUAUUUUUCGACAAACUGUUUAACUGAACGGAGCUGUCGGGAAAAGUCUCCUAAAAACCUGCUAAUGUGACGUUUUAUAAAAAAGGAAGUUCACAACAUGCAAUUAAAAUGCAUUCAGCUGGUUUCUCCUCUGAGGUUACAUGAGUUAAAGUAUUUAAUGUUACAUUUAUAGACGUGUAUUUCUUUUUAAUCCUUUUUCUAACGUUUAAUGAUGAAGGCAUUGUUUAGUGACACAAUUUCCCGACUCGUGUGUUUGAGUUGCUGCUGAAGACGUGAAGAGUCGGCGUUUCCUACGUGUAAAUAGUAUUAUUAUUGUUUUUUUUAUCCUGGAAAUGUCUGUUCUGCUUCAAAUGUUAUAUAUUUAGACCGUUGUAUUACUAUUAUUUUCUACAUUUUAUGCUAGAAAUGUACUGUUUUAUAGUACCUCAAUGUAGGAAAUAGAUCAAUCCAUCUAAUAAAAUGGUUGUCUUUU